AUGGCUACAUGGCCGCUGCCCACAGACGAUGACAAGGAAAACCUCCUCCUUUCAUGUCGAUACGAUGAUCUCGACGAAGUCAAAGAUUUUGUAACAAAAUUCGGCUCAGGUGCUCUCUCCAGCGUCCAUGACGACAACGGAAACACCGUGCUACAUAUGACAUGCGGAAAUGGACACAUAGACGUGUUGGAUUAUCUUCUUCCUCUUGUCUCCCCUUCUAUUCUCUCUGCACAAAAUAAUGCCGGCUCGACUGCUUUGCACUGGGCAGCGGUGAACCAGCAUCUCGAAGUAGCGCAGAAGCUGGUUCGAUUUACUGGGGUCGAUGCAAUUGAUAUCAAAAAUAAGGCUGGAAGGUCGCCCCUGGGCGAAGCUGAGAUGAUUGGAUGGGAUGAGGGCGCAAGGUGGUUUGUACAGGAGAUGAGGCUCGAUGAAACCAACCACGAUGACGUGAAUGAUAACGAAGAAGAUGGUCUUGUGGACGCUGCACAGGAUGUAGAAGUAGAGAUCCAAGACGCGGAUGGCCAAGUGGCGAAGAUGACGAUAAGCAGUGGCGCAACCACCUGA